GCCUUGCGGGUAACGCGUCGUCCGUGGCUAUGCGUGGUGGUCUGUCAGGUAGUUGCCAUAUGGCUGGAAUGUGGCAGUGAUGGCGUCCAUAGCAGACCAACUGGGCGUGAGUGGCGAACAUGACCUGGUGAUUGGACCCAGCUUCAGCAAGAACAACAGGGGCUCAGCCUUCCACACUGUCCGAUAUGACUUCAAGCCGGCCUCGGUCGACCCGUCCAAGAUGGCCACGGUGGACGUGGGCGAGAACCACAGCGUGACGGUAACGGUGCCGCACAUCGAAGGCUCCAACCACACCGUGUACCGCGGCAACGGACGGCCCUACCAGAAGGAGUGCGUGCUCGUGGUGGACCACGAGACGGGCGAGAUCCGCUUGGAGAAGCUGUCCGAGAACAUCCAGGUCAAGAAGACCAGGUCGGAGGGCCCUACGCCGCGCAUGCCGGCCGUGCCGCGGCCGCUGACGCCGAUCGACCCAGUGGCGCGACGCACGUCGCCCUCCCAGCAGCGUCUCUCGCCGCACGCUGGCCCGCGGCCGGCGCGC